AUGCUGUUGAGUAACACGGUAGGCAAUCUGGAUUGGAUGAUACUGCAGUUGCUAUUUCGUGAGGAUGCCACUGUUGAUGAUCUUAUAGAUGUUAUUGAGGGAAAUCGGAAAUACAUGAAGUGUAUAUAUGUUUACAACAAGAUAGACGUUAUUGGUAUUGAUGAUGUUGACAACUUAGCUUGGCAACCUAAUUCAGUUGUCAUUAGUUGCAAUCUGAAGCUGAACUUCGACAGACUACUAGCAAAAAUUUGGGAAGAGAUGGGGCUUGUAAGAGUUUAUACAAAGCCACAAGGCCAGCAACCUGAUUUCUCAGAUCCUGUAGUUCUUUCUGCUGUAUGUUGCAUACCUUUUUGUCUGUCCAGCUAUCUUUAAAUAGGCAGCUUUAUUUAU